CGUGCUUCCUUCGGUGAGGAGCGCUGGACCCGCGUGGGGGGCUUGCUAGGUAAGGCGGCCCACGAAAGAGACCCCUCGCCAUGGGGUCCAACGCCAGCUGGGCUUCCGUCAACGCGAGCGAGCGCGGGCCCUACCACGCUGUCGCCAGCGCUUUGAACGCGUCCAGGGCGCAGAUCGCGGGGAUCGACAGAAGCGCCCACGGCAACGGGACUUCGCAAGGGGAGGCAUAUCGGGACGAGCAAACCUACCGACAUUUUACCACCGCGGUGCAAGUUAUCAUCUUUAUAGGCUCUCUGCUAGGAAACUUCAUGGUCUUGUGGUCAACAUGCAGGAUGUCAGUUUUUAAGUCGGUAACCAACCGGUUUAUUAAGAACAUGGCCUGCUCUGGGAUCUGUGCCAGCCUAGUAUGUGUGCCUUUUGACAUAGUCCUCGGUGCCAGUCCACACUGCUGCUGGUGGAUCUACACCAUGGUCUUCUGUAAGAUCAUAAAGUUCUUGCACAAAGUCUUCUGCUCAGUGACCAUCCUUAGCUUUCCUGCCAUUGCUCUGGAUAGGUACUACUCAGUUUUGUAUCCACUAGAAAGGAAGAUAUCGGAUGCCAAAUCUCGAGACCUGGUGAUCUACAUCUGGGCUCAUGCAGUGAUAGCCAGCAUUCCUGUAUUUGCUGUGACCAAUGUACUGGAUAUUUAUGCUAUGUCCACUUGUACUGAGCCUUGGAGUUACUCCAUUGGCCGUUUAGCAUACGUCAUUAUUUACAACAUUACCACUGUGAUUGUGCCGGUGGCUGUGGUCUUUCUCUUUAUGAUCCUCAUCCGCAGGGCACUGAGUGCCAGUCAGAAGAAAAAAGUCAUCAUAGCUGCCUUAAGAACCCCUCAAAACACUAUCUCUAUCCCUUACGCCUCUCAGAGAGAAUCUGAACUUCAUGCCAUGCUGCUCUCCAUGGUUAUGGUUUUCAUUUUCUGCAGUAUCCCCUAUAUGACUUUGGUGAUUUACCGCACUGUGCUCAAUGCUUCUGACGCUUCUGUGUACUUGCUUCUCACUGCCAUCUGGCUGCCCAAGAUAUCACUGCUAGCCAACCCUCUGCUCUUCCUGACUGUUAACAAGUCCGUACGGAAAUGUUUAGUAGGGACAAUGAUGCAGUUACACCGAAGGUAUAGUCGGAGGAACACAGUCAGCUCUGGAGGCGCUGGGGACAUCAGCCUGGAGCCUCACGUUCGUUCUGGUAGCCAGCUUCUGGAGAUGUUUCACAUUGGGCAGCAGCAGAUUUUCAAGCCCACAGAGGAUGAAGAAGAGAACGAAACCAAAUCCAUUGGCUCCAGUGGCUACCAACAGAAGGAGAUCCCCACAACCAGCUUAGACGUGGAGCAGACUUUAGUUCAGAGGCCUAUGCCUCACGCCAUUGCAGACUCGGCCGCGCAAGUGGCUCCAGCGAUGCCAACAGAAGCCGAAUUGGCCAAUGAGAAGUAUUCCAUGCAGCUGGGCUUUGGACCCUUUGAGUUGCCUCCACAGUGGCUGUCAGAAAACCGGAACAGUAAGAAACGACUCCUGCCUCCUCUGGGGAAUACACCCGAGGAGCUAAUCCAGACCAAACAGCCCAAGGGUAAAGCAGAAAGAAAAAUUAGCAGGAACAAUAAAGUCAGCAUCUUCCCCAAGGUGGAUUCCUAGUCAGAGCAGGAGUGCUCUGUGACGAGAGGCGGGACUGCCUUCUUGCAUACAUGUGAUCCUAUGGAUCUUUGUUAGGUUGAAAUUUAAUAAAGGCUUAUUUUUUGUGCCAAUUUAUGUAAAAGCAAAGCGAAAGCAAGUGUUCCUUAGGAAUGGGUUUCGGUACAAAUAUCUCGGCCUACCUGUCUCUUUAUAUUAAUUUAUAUAGACUUGUUUAACUUCCAUAUAGGCAUUUUUGGACCCUUUCUGCCCCAAAGACUGCUUUCCACAUUAUACCUUGUUGUGAUCUCCGGGACUGGCCAAAUGCAGCAAGUCUUUAUAAUGCACACACAGAGACAUUGGGGUCACAGUUCUGUGAUUAUGGAACUCGGGGGAAGGGAGCAUUAUAAAUAUGAAGCUCCCUUCCCUGGAAGUCCAUAUCUCUUUCUGCUCUUUCACAGAAGCACUGAGCAUCUUUUAGGAGCAUUCCUUGGCCUGUACAAUUGGCAUGGCUUCAAGUGGCCAGGAAUAAACAAGGACCUUUCAAUUAUAUUUUAUAAUUUAACGAGAUUUUUCUUCCUCCUUUUUUUUUUGUACAUUUAUCUUAAAAGUAUUUUAAGCUGUUUCAUGUUGUUCAGACAAUUGUGGGCUAAAUACGAUCUUGGUUACUAUCUAUGAAACACUUCCAUUCAGGGGCUGACAUUUAGUGGGCUGAGUACUGCAGGUUUUCAGCAAAAAAAAAAAAAGACCGGGGAGAAGCAACACCUUAACAGAGGUAAAAUAUACUAAGCACUUUCAACCACAUGAAAAAUGGCACAGCAAAUGUUGAGAGUUUUUCUUCUUCAUGAAGUAUUGGCCAAUGUGGCCCUUAAUUUAAAUUUAUCACUGUGUUAUAAAGAUUCCUGUGAUUUUUUUGUACAGAGUAUUUUCUGUGCCUCCACAAUGUAGCAUGGUCACUUCUUUGGUGAACUGGCACAUAGGUAAUGGUUGCUAUUUGUCUGGCAUGUACUGCAUUAAUAACAGGCUCUACGGUGCAAGUUUAACUUCUCAACUGUAACACACUUGCAGGUCCUCCAUGGAUUCCAUCUAGAAAAUGCUUCUUUGGUUGGGUUUACGAGCCUCACGCCAUGUGGCUGUUCAGUUAUCUGCUAAGUAAUGGAUGCAUUUUGAAUUCUAACUAUUUGCACACACUGAUUAUUUUGCAUGUGAUUCUCCUUGUUUGAUUUAUCUGAAAUUUCACCCACCUUCAUUGGGUAGGGAAAGGAAAAUGCAAAGUGGAUUUAAUUAACAAUCUGAGUUUUGCUUUCAACCAAUCAGGUAUGCAAAUAGAAUAUGCAAAUACAAAGCAGAAGACCUUGGAUAAUUAUUUGCACCAUUGGAAUAAUAUCUGCAAAAUUGUAAUAUCUGUAGGGAAAGGUAUCAGGUUGUAUCCAAUGAAGUUUUUCCUCAGAGUUGAUGCAUUACAAUGAAUUGACCUCAGUCACACUCAUUAAUUUUAGUGGUUUACUCUGAAUAUGACAAACAUUGGAUGCAACUCAUUAACUGCACACACCCAAAGGUUUAUAAGACCAACAUAUUUACAUAUUUGAGCAGAACCUGCAGAAAGAAAGAGAAGAAUUUUCAUCUCAAAUGUGCAUUUUUCAACAGUUUUGUGGCUAUGAACUUACAUGCCAUUGUGAGGACAAAAAAAUGUUGAAUUCCAUGAGUAUAAAAGCAUAGCAUGCUAUAAAUAGCUGAACUGGUAGGGUAAGUUCUUGUUUAGGUAAGAUUCCUGGGGGGUUGGGACAGAUGACCCUUGCGGUCCCUUUCAACUCUACAAUUCCAUGAUUCUAUCUCCUUUGAAUUCCAAGAGCAAUUUUCUUGAUCCAGCAAAAUAGAUCUGCACACCAAAGCAGUCUUAUCUGUGUGUAGCUGAUGUGGCUACACAUCUGGAUGUUCAGCCAUGUUGGAGUUGUUGGCUGUCUUUGGAAGUGUCUGGGGAUGCACAUCUGUAUCUAUAGCUACCUUUUGUUAUGUGUGGCAAGCUAUAAGUGACCAGAAGUAAACUGGGCCACUUUUUUUUAUUUGCCUCUUUUUUUUCUUU